GUGUUCAAAUUAAAAUUUUAUUUUUAAAUGAAAAUUACACCUGUAUCAGACGUCUUGUUUUCCAAGGGGGAUGACAAUUAACCUUGUUUUAGAAUGGAUGAAGUCAAGAAGUAAUGACAAUUAUGGCUAGUUCGUUUUUGAAGAAAUCUGAUAGCUGAUGACGCAGAGCCAAAUUGCCAAUUCCGUAAGCCACGUUUCUUGCUCUAUAUUUGCACAGCUGUUUCUUGCCUGUUUGCAUCCAUAGAUGCAGCAAUUCCACCGCGGGAGGAAAGAUUGUAAUGAAAUUGCCUUAAGCAGAGCAUAGGGAGUUCGUUUUCCUGAAUUAAUUUGUAUUCUUGAAUAAUUGGGGAGAACUCCUAAAACGCUGAUGGCUAAAGACGGUGGGCAGAAAAGUUGUUUGGAAGAAACGUUUACCAUCACCAGCAAAAGUUGUGGCCAGAAUUUGUGGGUGGAUCCCUCAAAGAAUGAUGAUAUCGUUGUUUUGAGUGAUAUAAAUAACGCUCAUACAAGUCAGCAAUGGAAGAAAGUUCCAAAGGGAAAUUUAUGGAGUUUCCAAAAUGUUGCGACUGGAGGUUUCCUGUGUCCGGACAAUCGCCCUAGUAACCCUGACGGGGUGAGAACAAGUCUGGAGAUUCAAGAAAAUCAGAUGCAGUGGAAGGUCGAGAACUGGGACAAUGCCCUUUUUAGCUGGACAAUUCUUGACAACGCCAACAGAAACCUUGUCAAAGGUUUAAAAAUGGUGGAGAAACAUCAACCUGUUAAACUUCUUCCUUGCAAAAGUUCCCAAACCUGCUGUCAGAGCUUUGCAUGGGAGAUCAAAGGCAGUCCGAUAUAGCUAUGUAUUUGUUUGAUAGAUUGUUAUAUUAAUUUUUUAAUAAAUUCAGUUGUAUUUUGUGUCAAUUGAAAAAAAAGGCUCUGUUUAAUUUUA